AUGGCGUCCAUGAAACAAUCCAGUAAAAAUCAAUCGAGUAGUAAUUAUGGCGAGGACGUCAGCCGCCAGGCCAACGUCCUUGCCAGCUGCUACGUUGUCGAUGCGUCUGCCUCGUCGCUGAGAGGCUUCCACUACUGCACUACCAUUCUUGCCGGACUACCAUCGCCGCCAUCAAGCCCCCCCCUCGCUGCCAUCACUGCCACAAACGAGCUGGCGCUGUUUCCCAAGAAGCACACCAGCACCUCGAGCCGUGGCGGCAACUACAACAACACUCGAUCUGGCCGUCGAGGGGGGGCAACACUGCGUAUCAGGGAAGAAUGUGAGAGAUUCUUUUGCGAGAUCAUGAAAGUCGUGUUCCAGGGUGAGCGGAACAUGGCCGGUAAUGGCUCCGGCCUGACGGGUGUGUACAAAAUUAUCAGCAGCAGCAACGGCAGCGGCAGCAUCGGCAGUCCCAACGGCCAGCUGUGCACGCCGCCGAGCGAGUAUGGCCACAUGCCGGCGCUCAGCCGGACGCUGUCAGGGGCGUCGGCCACGUCGGUGGCGUCCGUGGUGUCGUCAACGUCGACGUCCAUGGCCGUGGGUGCGGUAGCCGACAGGUACUGCGACGUCACGGCCUGGCUGGAGAUAUGGGACUAUGCCGGCGGCAGCAGCUUCCGCGGAUUUCUCUGCGAGGAUCUGGGCGGCGAGAAGACGCUGUUUGCCUUUUUCGACCGCGGCGUCGUGGGUCGCGACCUGAAGCAGGCUCUUAUGGCGCUGUUGGAGCUGGCCGACUCGGCCAUUGGGUGCUCGCAGGUGGUCAUCUGCGUCGAUCGUGCGGCGCAGCCGGGCGACGUGGCGUCGCUGAUGAAGGGCCUGCAGUGGGCAGGCUUCUCGCCCACCACGUUGGACACGUGGACUGGGGGCAAGGGCGUGGAUGUGACCAGCCCAGCAUGGAUAUUCAUGGGAAUGGAACUGUAG